AUGUCUCCCUACAGCAGCGACGACGACAACGAUGACUACUCCCACAGGGAAAGUAUCUUCAGUGAAAAGCCCUCCACCGCCUCUACCAGACCUUCCACCGUCCCCUCAAAUUACUCAUCAUCCUCAAACCCUGCCUCCAAGAUCGGAAGAGCUUUAAGAACCACCCACAAGGAAAACCUUCAACAAGACACUUACAAUUUGAAAAUCACCUCAGAAUCUUUGACCCAGUAUUUGGACCAGUUUGACUCAAAGACCCCUAUCUUGAUUUCCGAAGCCCUCAACAAAUUCGAACCGCCUUUACACCCAAAAGAUUUCUUCUCAAAUGUCAACAGACCAUACAUUAACAACAUCGUUCGCGUUAUAUUGACCCUUGUCGAUAACAUAUUGGCCAAUAACGACACUUACAAAACCUCAAGAUUCAUGGUUUUGAAGAGCUUCCACCAAUUCUCACUUCGAUGCAAUCUUUCAACAUCAUCACAAACUGGUCAUUCAUCCAAUGCUUCAAGUAAUAAUGACACUAAUUGGGACCUUAAUAACUUGGCAGUUCCCGAACCAACGAAUUUCUGUUUGGUUGAGGAAGGUGAUACUAAAAUUUCUGAAAUCUUAAAUGUCAUUGCCAACACAGAUUCCUCGAUCGUUGCUGAUCAAGAAGGUUCGUUUCUCGCCCCAGUUUGCCGGGGGAUUUCUGAAGAUCUAUCCAUCCCAACAAUCAUUUGUGGGUUCCCAAGGCCGCAAGCAGAACACUACGAACAAGUCAAACAACUUUGCUCAACUUUUACAGAUAUUCAUUUCGUGGUUCAAAAGAAUUAUAUAAAAACAUGUGCCAUGCCGACUCUGAUGGCCCAACAGCAACAACAACAGCAAAUGAACAGUUCUGGAUCGUCUCCAUUUAUGGAAAAUACCAGCAAUUUUGGUGGAAUAAUACCACCUUUUAGAAUCCCUCAAGAUCCUAGCAAUAUUCCUAUCUCAUUAUCCAUCGCCGCAAACUCUAGUAGCAAACUUUCCGGAACAUUGGGAGGUUACAUAUAUCCAAAGAUAGACGUUAAAAAGAACAAUUUCUUAGCCGACGAUGCAAAGGCAACUUAUGCCAUGACAUGUGCCCACGUCUGUAUCGAUGAUUCGGCUUCCCAUCCUUACGUUUCCGUUCCAUCACCAGUAUUAAUCAAAUUAUACAAAGAGGCACUUGCCAAUGAGCGAAACAAAUAUCCAGAUUACUCCCAGGAAUUCAAAGGGUAUCAUCAGGCGUUGAGCUAUUUGGAACAGAAAUUCCCUCCAAUAACCAACAGCAAUGCAAAUGUCGCGGGUACUUUUGGCCGUGUCAUUUUUGGAGAACGGUCGAUCGUUAAAGGUAGAUUAUCCGAUAUUGCCAUUAUAAAGUGUAAUCCCAACGUGAACUGUAUGAAUCAUUUGGGCACAGAUUUCCCGUUCAGUCAAUACGACCCAGCGUUGUUAUUUGGCAAUUUGCAAAUCAAGAAAGUGAUUAGUAAAAUCAAGCCAGGGUCAUCAGUAUUCAAAUUUGGCAGCACCACAAAAUUCACCACUGGGAAGCUAAAUAAGCCGAAAUUAGUGUAUUGGGCAGAUAAUAGUAUUCAGUCCAGUGAGUUUGUUAUUGCCAGUGAUCGUCCAGGGUUCGCCUCCGGUGGUGAUUCCGGAUCGUGGAUCUUGCAAAAAUUGGAGGACUUUGAAUCCGCACAAGAUCCACAGCCUAGUCAACCUAAUCAACCAAGACAACUGGGUCUUGGUACAAUUUAUGAAGCUUCAAAUAGCUCUAAUUCAAGUACCAGAAACUCCUCUGGUGAGGAGGUGCAGUCAGGUCUCGGGGUGGUUGGAAUGUUGCAUGCAUACGAUGGGGAAUUUAAGCAAUUCGGGCUCUAUUCUCCAAUUGUCUUGAUUUUAAACAGAUUACAAGAAUUGACUAAGGUCCCAUGGGGAGUGGUCGGAGUAAUGGAUGAGAAAGAUGUUGAUGUGGAAGAUGAAAGCAGUGAAGAGGAUGAUGAUGAUGAUGAUGAAGAUGAAGAUGAAGACGAAGACGAAGAUGAGGAUGAAGACGAAGAUUUUGAAGGAUAA